GUGGGAAUGGUUUGUUUGUUUUCUUGAACCUGCUGUAAGUCGAUUUAUUGAUAGCUAGAUUGGGUACUCUUUUUUUUCAUCAAUUUGUUGGAAUAUAAUGUUGACUGGUUAAUAAUCUGUUGUACUUUCUCCAUUUGGGCUUUUUUUGGGCUGCUAGGCCGUAGUACCAUUUGUUUUCUCUUUAGUCAGUUGGAUAUGUUUAUAAGCAUUGAAGUUGGAGAUUUGGUAAUAGUGCCCUUAAUUGGAUCUCAGAAAUGAUCUCCCCCUCUUUUAUAACUUCUGGGGUUUGUCCUCCAGGGUGUUGGUUUAUUAGUAAGAGCGCAUCAUAAUGUGUGGGUUAGGCGCACAUCACUGAUGCUAUGAGUUUUUGCUUUUGUUGCUGAUGCUUAUGGUUAUUUUCUUAUCGUGCAUAUAUCACAAAUAAUAUUUGGUCCUGAUAGGUGGAUACGGUACAUCUGAUGGCCUGAGUUGUAUAAAGUUCAGUUUAUCUGAUGCCUAAUUUCUUUGAUCUCAGUAAAGUAGAGUUAAAUCAGCACAUAUGAAUCCAGGGGGUUAUACAGCAGAAGUUACAGGUCUUUCCCCUGAUGCUACUGAAAAGGAUGUUCAUGAUUUCUUUGGUUUCUGUGGGGCAAUUGAACAUGUUGAGAUUGUCAGAGCUGGUGAACAUGCAAGUACAGCCUAUGUGACAUUUAGAAAUCCUCAUGCCUUGGAAACGGCUAUCUUACUGAGUGGGGCUACCAUUUUGGAUCAACGUGUGUGCAUAACCAGCUGGGGUCACUACCAAGAUGAAUUUGCCUAUUGGGAUCAUUCAUCAUGGAGACCUCAAGAGGAAAGUCAUUCAAGUCAGGACCCCCAGGGACACCAUUUUGUUUCUUCUGCUGGGGAAGCUGUGACGUUGGCUCAAGAUGUGGUUAAAACCAUGCUAUCUAAAGGGUAUGUUCUUGGAAAAGGGGCACUGGGAAAAGCCAAAGCUUUUGACGAAUCUCAUGGGCUGUCAGCAACUGCAGUCUCCAAGGUUGCUGAUUUAAGUGAGAGAAUCGGCCUCACCGACAAGUUCUGCGCCGGGGUUGAAGUGGCCAGAUCUGUGGAUCAGAGGUAUCACAUAUCGGAUACCACCAGAUCAGCUGUGUCAGCUACAGGUAGAACUGCUGUCUCUGCUGCAAGUGCUGUUGUCAACAGUAGCUACUUUUCUAAAGGAGCUCUUUGGAUGUCUGGUGCUCUAAGUAAAGCGGCUAAAGCUGCAGCUGAUUUGGGUAGCCGAGGCAUUAACAAAUGAGUAGAUUCAGAGCAACUGCCGUGCAGCUUAGAUUCUUCUAUAUGAGAAAUGGUGGUAGUUGAUGUAGUUUUCUAGUGUAUAUUAUUUUAUACCUGUCGCAUGCGGUAUCCUUUUCAUUGGCACUGGUAUUAGUCCUCUGGGUUGUGUGGUCUAGAGUUGUGAUUUGAAUUGAUUGGGAUGAUAUUGAUUCAGCUGAAAUCAGACUGGUGUUUCUUUCCACUUUUGUUGGGAUAUCAGGUCGAUGUUGUAAAGGACAUACAAUAGAUAAUACGUGUUUGAGUAGAAAUUUUCUUCAGUUUUGGAGAUUUACUGGUCUUACAACAUGCAGUUGUGCUAAAAUUCUUUGUAAAAUUCUUCAGUUAGAAGCUGCUCUCAAGAUAUAAAUUAUAAGAUUAGCUUUAAGGAGGCCGCUUUCGAUAACUGAUAAACAGUCUUUUGUCUGUCUGUAAACUGGACUCGGUUGCCUACUGGGUAUGGUGUCCAUAAGUAUUUGGUCA